AAAGAAACUCUCCAACUUUAGCUUAGUAGUCGUAGUACCCACGGCCUGGAGUUAUGAUCCGGCGGCCGCUCUUGAGUCUGGUCCUCCUCCUGGCGCCGUUCGCGACCGACUGGCAGAGCUUCACAGGUGGGUGGAGGGAUGCGGGACGAGGUGCCCGGCACCUUUGCCAACGGCGGGCAGUGGCGGAGCCAGAUCCAUGUGAUGUGCUGGGCCUCCCGGCGGGCACGCGCGACGAGGAGCAGAUCCGGGGCGCCUUCCGGCGCUGGGCCAAGGUGUAUCACCCGGAUGUGCCCGACACGGGUGACAUCGGCAAGUUCCAGGAGCUGCAACGAGCUGCUCAAAAGCUGAUCACAGGACAAGCCCCAGCGCCUGCCUGGGACGCGGGUUCUUUGGAGAGCAUCUUCACCCAAACCUCCACGCAUGUGUAUUCCUCCCCGGCGCAGAGGCCGCCCUCCGUGACGCAUCAGCCGCUGGAGCAGUCGGACUUCGCCGGCACGCGGAACGGGCGCGUGGAUGUGGGCUACUGUUCGAGUGUUCGGGCCCCAAACUUGCGCAAGACAGCGCGGCUGACCAGGAUCACCCACCCAGCGACUCCAGAGACAUUGGCCCGAGUGCAGCAGGUCUUCGCCUCCUUUGGCGCUGAGACGCUGAGCCCGCAGACGCUGCUGCCGCUGGCGGGCUUUGUGUUGGAGGGUCACACCCAUAGCAUCGGUGAACAGCGUGUCGCCGACUUGGCCAUGGCCCUGGAGAAGGAGUUUGGCCUGGAGCUGGUGACCAUUCUGGCAGGCACCUGGAUCAACUUCCCGAUGCCCAUGGAGCUCCAAAGCGUGAAGGACCUGGCGGAUCACAUCGAAAGCAAGCUCAAUGCCUGAGCAAUGGAGGAGUAGAAACCGUGGUGGGCGAGCGAGCUUUUUGAGCUCCCUGUGCGAGCUGGUGAAACCUGGAUGGGUCCAGGUGGGACACAUCACAGCUGGAUUCCUAAGCACGGGAGAGCGAAAAAUGAUU